AUGGUUGGCCCUUCCAUGAUCAGUUCAUACAAUAGUUUGACCCUCAAAUCCAGUACUUCUUCCUCCACCCUCAAGUUUCUUUGCAGCUAUGGUGGCAAGAUUCUUCCCCGUUACCCUGAUGGCAAACUCCGUUACCAUGGCGGCCAAACCCGUGUCCUCGCCGUCCACCGUUCCAUCUCUUUCUCUGAGUUGGUGAGGAAGCUAGGGGAGAUGUGUGGAACGUUAACAGUGAGCCUGAGAUGUCAAUUGCCGACGGAAGACAUGGAUGCCUUAGUGUCGAUCACCUCCGAUGAAGAUCUUGCUAAUCUCAUUGAGGAAUAUGAUCGAGCAGCUUUAGCCUCUCCCCCAACCACCAGCUCUUCUUCUCUCAAAGUCCGAGCCUUUCUUUCCACCCCAAAAUCGAAGCUUUCGCCCACUUCCUCCCUUGCAUCAUCAUCUUCUUCUUCUUCUAGCACCAGUGAUUCAACUCCUACAAUCAUUUACCCGAAAUCAUCGUCCUCUUGUAUGAGUACCAAGCCACCCAAAGGGCCAAAAUGCGUCCAUCAAAACCAAAUCACGUCUAGGCCGGUUGCAGUAAUGGGAUAUCCUUGUCAGUAUGGUCCAUCAUCUACUGCAAAAGGGCUUCCUCAUUACGGCCCUGCCGGAAAAGUUAGCAGCCCUAUAUAUCUCAUUCACCAUGGCAACCACUGGCAAUAA